CCGAUCCAUUUGGCCCCAAUUUUUGCUCUGCUCUGCUUCAUCUCUCCGUUCUCUCUCUCUCACUCUCAGCCAUUUCGCUCUCUCAACGUACCCAACGCUGGCUGCGGGAAAGCGAACGCAAUAGCUUUAAACACACCGAGGGUUUCACGUUCUUGCAGAUAAUUAAAAAUACUCAUCACAGCUUCAUCAACAACACUUGAAAUCAAACAAAAGAGAUGGUAUUUGGAGCCCUAAGGUCCAUUGUGCGGCCUCUAUCCCGAACCCUAAUAUCCCGCACCUCGACAUGCUCCAUAACCUCAUUUGCUGCCAGUUCUGUGUGCCCAAAACCUGAGACCCGCUUCCUUUCUGGUGGCCAAGCUCCGUGGUCUUUUCUGAUUUCGAAUCAUUUCCACAGCUUGACAGAUACUCGUUUCCCAAAGCGGCGACCCAGCCUCAAGUCUCGUCGAAAAAGGGCCAGCAUAAGACCUCCAGGACCGUAUGCUGGGAUUCAGUGUGCUCCUGGUGAACCGAUAGUUCCUAGUAGACCCAAUGAAGGAAGUGUGAAGAGGAGGAAUGAGAAGAAGCGCAUGAGGCUGCGCCGCGCAUUUAUAUUGUCAGAAAAGAAGAAAAGAAAGGCUCUAGUGCAGGAGGCUAAAAGGAAGAAGAAUAUAAACUGA